AUGAAAUCCUCGGAUAUGCUUUUGUUAACAAUCUUCUAUAGGUAUAUUGUCGACCUCAACGUCACCAAGGGAAAUCUCAGCUACAACGUGGUGGAUUAUGUCGGUGACACCCUUGAGGCUACCGUCCUGUCCAAUGGAAGCAUCAGAUUCACGCUUGAUGAGGACUGGGCGGCUGUGAGUCUUACCGGGAUUACAGAAGAACAAGACGUCGAGCUCUCGUACAAGGCAGAGUUCUUCCCAGCUCCAAAGCCAACCACAACGACCACCACACAAGCUCUGACGCCUUCACCCACAGGGAACUUAGGCUAUUCCGUGAAGCCCAGGGGGGCUCUUGUUGUUGCUUGUGCUAUCGCCGUUGUUUGGAGGUAG